AAGAUAUCGAUUUUCACCGAUCACGAGCGAUCGGCGCGUGCUGUCAGAGCUCUAAAGUCUUACAGGUGUGUUUGUUGUUCUGGAAGUGAACACGGGAGGCAACUCGCAGAAACCCCUGUCGCCAUCUUGAAGAAACUUCACCACCAAAACACCAGCAGUGCCGCCGCCUCCCACGUCGGGGUGCCAGCCCACGCCAUGUCGCAGUUCUGUACGCUAAAAUACCCCCCACCCACCGAAACCCCGACCCGUUUAGAAAACCGACCCCCUGUCUCUCAAAAUGGCGGGUCCUUCAUGGCCACGCAGAAAGCCUGGCCGCCAUUUAUUCCAGGGUACUUCGGACCAUUCUCUCUCCCUCCGCGGAGAAAAUCAGCCAUCUUGGAUUUGAAAGACAAACGGGACGGGAACGACGCGUACGGGCCAGGGAACGCAAGAUGGGCGGAAGGGUCGUGGCCGUUGCCGUAUCACACGUUAUACUUCGACCCGCAAGUCCAAGGGGACUGGAUCCACUUUGAGAGGUACAUGGCACCCGGGCAGAUGGUGCGACGCCGCUGGACCCAGGAUUCGAUGGAGGAGAUUCGCUUCCCGGAUAAGGACAUCGCCAGCCCGGAUUACAUGGACCGGAAGAACUACCGCGGGUACCACUACCUGACUAACUACACCACCCGCCAUGUUGUUGGGGACCCUGGGGCCCCGUGGAACAAAAAAGGGGAGUUUGCCUACCAGUCCUGGGCAACGGUGUUGCCUAAUGUUGAUAUCUAAUAUCUAGGCAAUAUAUAGUUUCGAAACUUAUUCCGUGCAUUGUACUUUUUAACGCUCUUAGUAAACUGUGCAGAUUCCUAAA